UUCAGUCCUUUUCACUCUUGAUUCUUUGAAAGGAGUCAUCAGUCCAAGAGUGAAUUUUGAUAUCAUCCAUGGUGGGAUUGGGAUCGUCGUGAUUUCUUUUCACUGUGGUUAAAAUUUUGGCGUGGAGAUCUGGUAUGGUACGGAGCAUAAAUUAUAACCCAUAGCUCAUCUCAAUUCCCAACCAAAGCCACCGCUGCACCGCGUCACUGCAAUUGUUUAAUUGUAAAUAAUACUCUGAAUUCUGAAUUCUGAAAUUCUGAGAGGAGAGGAGGAAAGAUCAUCAUCCAAGUCAGCGAACGUGAAAAACGAGACAAUUGCAACCACGUAAAACAAACAUCUCUGAUCUCCCUUUAUCAUUUGUGUGGAGGGUUUGGUUUGGGCUUUGGCCAGGAAAAGAACAGAAGAGACCACUGCAGUAUAUAUUUCUCUAGCAUUCAUUUCAUCCUUCGGCAUCUCUUGGUCCCGAUUCCUCUAAAUUUAGCGCCAAUUUUUGGGCCACUGCUGUGGAUAUUUUGUUCGCCAAAUGUAGAAGGUUGUGUUGAGUCUGAAAUUUAAGACUGGGCCUACGGUAAUCCUUAUAACACGCCUCGCUGCCGCUUAUCUUUAAAUCCUUAUCCCAAGCUGCUGUAUGCAUACUAUCGUUUUCUUCUUCAGUUCCUCUGCUGUCCAUAUCUGCAUCUCCUUCCAUCCUCUCUUUCAUCUUUCCUCUGCUGUCCAUAUCUGCAUCUCCUUCCAUCCUCUCUUUCAUCUUUCCUCUUCCUCUUCUCUUUAUUAGUUAGCGGGGGUUUUGCUUCUAGGGUUUCAUUUUCCCUGUUACUUUUCCCCCGUCGGAACCCUCGAGUUAUCGCUGUGCUUAUUGCUCUAUAAUUUGUAUUGAAUCGAGGGUUCCUUUUUUUUUUAAUUCUCUUCCUCCUCCUCCUACUCCUCUUUUUUUCUCCUAUUUUUUUUUCCGGGUUAUCGAUUCUUUCUCUUCAAUGGCUGUGGUUUCGGCUUUGUUCGAGAUUCUAGAGAGACCCAAUAUUGGGGAUAUCUUCAUGGAGCUCAUGGGGUUUUUCGGUCCUCUAUGGAUUGCUGUUCUUGUUGGAAUUGUGGUUGGAUGGUCUUGGAAGCCGAAAUGGGCCAGUUUGGGGAGAGACAAAUUGGAUUCUUCAAUUUCAAAUCCUCCUUCUCUGUUACCCUCCUCAUCCUCCCCAAGGUUGAGUUCAUUAAAGGCAACAAACCCCAGUUGCAACUCUUUGAUCCCCGACGAUGGUCUGGAGAAGGAGACUUUCUCCUCACCACCUACCACGGAUUCUGUCUGCGGUUCGUCACAACUUGAAAUGGAAAAAUCGGUGGCUAUGACUGAAGAAGAUCUAGAGUUUCUGUGUCAGCUUGCAGAGAUGAAAGAUGGAGGUCCAGCGUGGAUGCAUAUGAUGGACCGUUCUACUCCUAAUAUGAGCUACCAAGCUUGGCAGAGAGAUCCAGAGAAUGGUCCUCCACAAUAUCGUUUUAGAACUGUCUACGAGGAUGCUACACCUGAGAUGGUGAGGGAUUUCUACUGGGAUGAUGAUUUCCGAUCUAAGUGGGACGACAUGCUGAAAUAUUCUGCUACAUUGGAGCAGUGCCCGACCACAGGAACUAUGGUGGUCCAUUGGAUCCGCAAGUUUCCCUUCUUCUGUAGUGAUAGAGAAUACAUAAUUGGACGUCGAAUUUGGGAAUCUGGAAAUGCAUAUUACUGUGUUACAAAGGGAGUACCCUGCCCCUCUGUCCCAAGGCGCAACAAACCAAGACGUGUUGACCUGUACUAUUCUAGUUGGAUUAUUCGGGCAGUGGAAUCCAAGAGAGGGGAUGGUCAGCUGACUGCAUGUGAAGUGCUUCUCUUUCACCAUGAAGAUAUGGGUAUUCCAUGGGAAGUUGCAAAGCUUGGUGUUCGCCAUGGGAUGUGGGGAGCUGUCAAGAAGAUCGAUCCUGGUUUACGUGCUUACCAGAAGAAUAGAGCAGCAGGGUCACCACUCUCCCAUGGUGCGCUCAUGGCUCAGAUCAACACUAAAAUCAAUGUAGACUACUUCAGAUCCUUAGAAACUACUGGUGACUCAACCGAAGUAAAAACAAUAGAUUCAUCUGAGAAACCAUUGGGAAGGAACAUACCCAAGCUCCUAGUUGUUGGGGGAGCUGUUCUCGUUGCAUUUACACUUGACCGGGGCCUCUUGACUAAAGCAGUCAUAUUUGGAGUGGCUAGAAGAUUUGCUAAUAUUGGGAGGAGAUUGUGACUGAGGAACAUUGACUGGAAUCUGCAAUCAAUACAAGUUAAUUCACUCAUUUGUUCAGUGAGCUGCACUUUUGAUGGAUUGCCACUCGCCUCUCCUAACAAGAAAAGAUUUUGUAUCCCCUCUGCUAUUUUAAUGAUGAUUCAACUCCAAGAGGUUGUAUGUUUUCAUCCAUUAGAAUGGGUAAAUCUCACUUGAGGAUUUGUCAUUGAAACCACAGGCAAAUUCAGUUUUUCUUUCACUUUCCUGUAAUUUUCCCCUUAUUUCGUUAUCCAUAUUUAAGCUGAGGUUGCACAUAAAACAAGGAAAAUUAAAUUAUUUAAUACAAGGAUCUUAUGCCCUUAAUAUCACAGGUAAAUUUA